AAUCAUUGGUUAAAAGUGAUGAAGAAUCUGAGGUUGGAAAAAGUGAUGAAUUAGGAGAUGGAGAGAGGGAGGUCAAAGUCGGAGGAGAAUUUGGUAGAGGAUUCGAUCGCCGUCAUCGAAUCCGUUAAGAAAAUCGGCGAGUUCCGGCGUACUCAGAGGAAGGAGGGCGCGAAUCUGGUGCGGCGCAUGAAGCUGUUCCUGCCGUUUCUCGAAGAUAUCAGGGAAGUCGACAACGCCGACGUCCCCUUGCCCGCCAUCUCCUGCUUCAAGAAGCUCAACAAGGCCUUCCGAUCUGCCCGGAAGCUCUUGCGAUUUUGCCACGAUGGCAGCAAGAUUUAUUUGGCAUUGGAAAGUGAGAGUAUGAUGGGCCGAUUUCACACUGUUUAUGAGAGUAUAAGCGCUGCUAUGGAAGGAAUGCCUUAUGAGGAGCUUGGGAUUUCUCAACAAGAUAAAGAGCAUAUGGAGUUGCAGCGCGUGCAACUGAGACGAGCGAAGAAGAGGACAGACACGCAGGACAUGGAGCUGACGAUGGACUUGAUGGUGGCACUGUCCUCAAACGACAGAAACGCGGAGAUAGCCAGCGUUGAGAGGCUGGCGGUCAAGCUCUCCUUGUUCACGCCCGAGGAGCUCCACGAAGAGAGACUAAGCAUUCACAAACUCUCCAAUGAAAGAUGGGGCAUAAGCAGUGAGUGCCAGCAGCAAGUCCUCAACCUUGUGCAAAAGUUGAAGCGCUUUGCAGGCGUCGAGGAAAAGGAAGCGGUCGAUGAGCCCAAACGCCUCAAUGUAGCCCCCUCCUCCUUCUCCAUCCCCAACGAGUUCUUGUGCCCGAUCACACUCGAGAUCAUGACUGAUCCUGUUAUCGUUGCUACAGGGCAGACGUACGAGAGAAGAAGCAUACAGAAGUGGCUAGACUCGAACCACCAGACCUGUCCCAAGACGGGGCAAACUCUGGAGCACUUGCUUCUCGCGCCAAAUUUCGCUCUCAAGAACUUGAUCCUGCAGUGGUGCGAGAAAAACAACUACCAGCCCUCCAAGGAGGCGCCCAAGAGCGCAGAGACGACAAACGACGAAAAGAUCCUGUCCCUCGUGAAGAGCCUCUCCUCGAGCAAGCUAGAGGAGCAGAGAGACGCGGUGGAGCAGAUCCGCUUCCUGUCAAAGGAAUGCUCCAACAGCAGAAGCUUGAUCGCCAACGCAGGAGGGAUCCAGCGCCUCGUGCAGCUCCUAUCCUAUCCGGAUUCGAGAAUCCAAGAGCACACCGUGACCGCCCUCUUCAACCUCUCCAUCGACGAAUCAAACAAGCAGCUCAUAUCCGCGGAGGAUCCCAUCCCCGCCAUAAUAGAAAUCCUCGAGCACGGAACGAUCGAUGCCAAAGAAAACUCAGCCGCCGCGCUCUUCAGCCUCUCGAUGCUGGACGACAACAGGGCGAAGAUAGGAUCCUUAAACGGGAUCCCACCGCUGGUGAAGCUGCUAAGAGUGGGAACGAUGAGAGGGAAGAAGGACGCGGUGACAGCGCUGUUCAACCUCUGCCUGAACCCUGCGAACAGAGCGAUAGCGGUGGAGGCGAGCAUCGUGCAGCCGCUGCUGAGGAUACUGGAGGACGAGAAGCUGGAGAUGAUGAACGAGACGCUGUCGAUGCUGCUGGUGCUGGCGUCGAGCCCGGAGGGGAGGAGGGAGCUGGGGCAGCUGCCGUUCAUAGAGACGCUGGUGAAGCUGCUGCGGGAUGGGAGCCCCAAGAACAAGGAGUGCGCGCUGGCGGUGCUGCUGGAGCUGGGAUCGAAUAAUAGUAAUAUGAUACUUGCGGCGUUGCAGUAUGGUAUGUAUGAGUAUGUGAUUGAUGUUUCGAAUAACGGCACGGAGAGGGGGCGGAGGAAGGCCAACACCAUGCUCCGGCUCGCCAGCAAGGCUCAAGAAAUUCCCUAG